AUGGACAAUUUGAUCCAACAAGCCGGAGGAUAUGAGAAUGUAGGGUUCAUUCCAAAAGACCUCUACAACCAUGUAGUGGCAGAUCAAAAUUCUAAUAUGCGUGAUGGUGAUGCUGAAUGUGCUUUGGCAUAUUUACAAGCCAAGGUAGAUAUGGACUCAUCAUUCUUUUACCGGUACACUGUUGAUAAAGAAAGCUGUUUGGCCAAUCUGUUUUGGACAGAUUCUCAAAGUCGGUUAGAUUACGAAUGUUUUGGAGAUGUACUGGCAUUUGAUACAACAUACAAGACGAAUGUAUACAAAAAGCCCCUAGUUAUAUUGGUAGGAGUCAAUCACCACUGGCAGACCACACUUUUUGGUUGUGCAGUAUUGGUUGAUGAGAUCAUUGAAUCAUAUAUUUGGGUGUUGCAAAAUUUUCUUGUAGCAAUGAACAAGAAGACUCCUAUUUCGAUUGUGACUAAUGGGGACAAAGCAAUGAGUGCAGCUAUUAAAAGUGUUUUUCCAGAGUCUCGACAUCGUUUAUGUGUGUGGCAUCUUGAUAGGAAUGCUUUUGCAAAUCUACCCAAUACGGAAGCAUAUCAAAGUUUUAUCACGUGUAUGGUACAGUAUGUUACACUAGAUGAAUUUGAAGACAUGUGGAAGAAAAUGAUUGACAAACACAAUUUACAUAACCAUGAAUGGUUGCAUGAAAUGAGUACACAACGUUGUGAAGCCAUGAAUGCAUUCUUUAAUAGAUACGUGAAUAGAAAGACUAGGCUUUAUCAGUUGUUCCAACAAGUUGAUAGAGCACUUACACGUAUUAGACACAAUGAGAUGGGGGCAGAUUUUAGUUCAAAUUAUACUGAACCAAUUCUGAUUAGUAAGUUAGUUAAAAUUGAGAAGCAUGCUGCUAAUAUAUUGACAAGGGAGAUGUUCAGUAUGGUUCAAGAAGAAAUAAUGAAUGAACAAAAAUUCAUUGUGCUUGAUAGCAUAGAGAGUGAAGGUUAUCGCACCUAUACCUUAACUCAAUAUGAAUGUCCUGACUCAAAAUGGGAGGUUGUGUAUUAUCCAAAAGAUCAACAUAUGAAGUGCUCAUGUUUGCUAUUUGAAUCGUAUGGAUAUCCUUGUGCGCACUUAUUUGCUAGUAUGAAGGCUGAACAUUUGAAACAAAUUCCACCGUCAUGUAUAAUGAAGAGAUGGCUGAAAAUUGCAAAGUCUGACCUAUCUGACAAACAUGAAUCCCAAAUUUCUCCGGACGUCAUAAGCAUGGCAUGGUUUAGUGCAUUAUCUUUCAGUUGUAGUUAG